GUCUUGCUAGUCAUCAUGACAGUCGUUAGUUUGAUGGGGAUCCGGGUAAAUAUAUUGCUUCUGAGGCAGGUCGCGUCUCAGCUCAGUUUCUCGUCCGACUCGAGCCUGCUAACUUGGGGAAGCACAAGCUAUUUUAUCGACAGUUAACGUCAUAUCACAAGAAGGUCGUCAGUGACGCCACGAUGCUCAGCUUGGGCCCCGUGGAGGUGCUCUGCGGCUUGGCCGCCAUUUUUCUUGCAUUCUACUACUACCUGACCUGUACGUUCGAUUUUUGGGAGAAAAGAGGAGUUAAAGGUCCCAAACCGAAAAUCUUGUUUGGCAACGCGAAGGAGGUAAUACUGGCCCAGAAGUUCGUGGGCACGAUGGUUAAAGAGUACUAUCACGAGUACAAGGACGAAAGAUUCUUCGGCAUCUUUCUGAGAAAAACGCCGAUCUUGGUGCUGAGAGACCUCGACUUGGUGAAGGACGUCCUGAUAAAGAACUUUUCGAUCUUCCCCGAACGGGGCUUGAGGUUCCACGAGAACGUGGAUCCGCUUUCACCGCAUCUCUUCAGCCUGGAAGCCAAAAGAUGGCGGCCCUUAAGGACAAAGUUGUCGCCGGUCUUCACUUCCGGGAAACUGAGGGAGAUGUUCUAUCUGGUAUUGGAAUGCGGAGAGGAAUUGCAGAAGUAUCUGGAUCAGGUGAUCGAGAAAAAUCAGGUCGUGGAGUGCAGAGAUCUGACCGCCAGGUUCACCACUGACGUCAUCGGUACUUGCGCCUUCGGACUCAACCUGAGCUCCAUGUCCGAGGAGGACAGCGAAUUUCGCAUAAUGGGAAAGAAGAUCUUCAUGGUCGACCUGGGGACGAUCCUGAGGAACAGGAUGAGGGACAGCCUGCCUUGGCUAUACAGUACUAUCGGGCCUUUCAUAUUCAACAAGAAGGUCGCCACAUUUUUCAUAAACUCCGUCACGGAAACCAUGAAGUAUAGGAAAGAAAAUAACAUCGUUAGGAAGGACUUCAUAGAUUUAUUGAUGGAGCUUAAGGAGCACCCCGAAAAAGUCGGCGAUAUCAAGCUGACUGACACUUUGUUGACCGCCCAAGUCUUUGUUUUCUUUAUUGCCGGGUUUGAGACCUCGUCAACGACCAUGAGCAAUGCCCUUUACGAACUGGCCAUGAAUCAGACGAUUCAAGACAGAUUGCGGGCGGAAAUCAGAGACGAACUCAAAAAGAACGACGGCGUUCUAACUUACGAAGGCAUCAAAAAAAUGUCCUACCUCGAUAUGGUUUUCAAAGAGACUUUACGGAUGUAUCCACCUGUGUCAUUCCUAACACGGAAUUCCCAGUGCGAGUAUACAUUCGCGGGUACUGACUUUUCGAUUCCGAAAGACCAGAAAGUCUGGAUAUCGACUUUGGCGAUCCAGAGAGAUCCAGACAUUUAUCCCAAGCCGGAUGUAUUCGAUCCUGAGAGAUUCACCCCGGAAGCUGUUGCCGAGAGACACCCGAUGGCAUUUUUGGCUUUCGGAGAUGGGCCGAGGAAUUGCAUUGGGUCUCGUUUCGCCAUUUAUCAGACUAAAGUGGGCCUCAUCAAGAUCCUAAUGAACCAUCGCGUAGAAGUUUCAGAAAAGACAGAUAUUCCGUACAAAAUCGAGCCUGCUGCUUUCCUGCUCGCUCCGAAAAGCGGAAUUCACCUUAAGAUAUCUAAGAUUGACCAACAAAUUUACUUUAUCAGGGUCAUCUCCAGUGACGCCACGACCUUAAAAAUGGGCACUCUGGAGAUUCUUUGCGGAGUGGCCGCCAUUUUGGUGCUCAUCUACUACUAUAUGGUCUUAAAUUUCGACUUUUGGAAGACCCGUGGAAUCAAGGGACCAAAACCGAUCCCCUUCUUCGGCAACGUGAAGGAUGUAUUGUUGACGAAAAUUUCCAUCGGUCUUUACGUCCGCCAACUCAGUGAGAAGUACAAGAACGAGCAAUUUGUCGGAAUGUUCUUCCAAAAGAAACCGGUCCUUAUCGUAAAUGACCUCGACUUCACGAAAGACGUCUUGAUAAAGGACUUCUCGAAUUUCCCCGACAGAGGUGUAAAGCUCUAUGAAAAACCGGAACCAUUGGGGCAGCAUCUCUUCCUUCUGGAGGCCGAAAGAUGGCGGCCAUUACGGGCGAGAUUAUCCCCAGUUUUCACCUCCGGAAAAUUGAAAGAGAUGUUCUACUUGAUCCUGGAGUGCGGAAACGGCUUGGAAAAAUAUCUGGAACAUGUCACCGCGAAUGAUCCUGUCCUGGAUUGCAGAGACGUGACGUCGAGGUUCACCACUGACGUCAUCGGAACCUGCGUCUUCGGCCUCAACUUGUCCUCCUUAUCGGACGAGGAAAGCGACUUCCGAAAAAUGGGGAGGAAGGUCUUCGACACGAGAUUGCCGAAUCUUGUGAGAAAUUGGUUCAGGGAAGCAUUUCCUUGGAUUUAUAGACACUUCGGGCACUACAUAUUCAGCAUGGAGGUCAUGAACUUCUUCCUCAACUCCAUUAUUGGGACCAUGGAAUACAGGAAAAAGAACAAUAUCGUAAGGAAAGACUUUCUUCAGAUGCUGAUAGAGCUUCGGGAUAAUCCUGAAAAAAUAGGGGACAUACAUCUGACGGACUCAUUGCUGGCUUCCCAGGCUUUCGUUUUCUUCGUUGCCGGUUUUGAAACCUCUUCCAUGACCAUGACUCACGCCCUUUACGAAUUAGCUCAGAAUCAAAAUAUCCAAGACAAAUUGCGUGCAGACAUUAAAGAAAAGAUGGAAAAAAAUGACGGCCUGUUAACAUACGAAGGGGUUAAAGAGAUGCAUUAUCUCGAUAUGGUUUUUAAAGAGACCUUGAGGAAGUACCCGCCGGUACCAUUCAUAUUUAGGCAGUGUCUUGAGGAAUAUACGUUUGCGGGAACUAAUUUCACGAUACCGAGUAAACAAUUAGUUUGGAUACCCAAUUUUGCAUUCCAAAUGGAUCCAGAGAUUUUUCCUAAGCCGGAAGAAUUUGAUCCAGAGCGAUUCACACCGGAAGCGGAAGCUGAGAGACAUCCGAUGGCGUUCUUGCCUUUCGGGGACGGACCGAGGAACUGUAUCGGAUCUCGUUUUGCUGUCAAUCAGACCAAAGUGGGCUUGAUAAAGAUUUUAUUAAAUUACCGCGUGGAGGUUUCAGAGAAGACUCCCAUUCCAUACGAAUUAAACACAAAGAGCUUUGUAAUCUCUCCGAAGAGCGAUCUUUACGUGAAGUUCUCUAAGAUUAACUAAGGAUUAACCCUCAUUCAUUAUGUACUUAUCAUUUUUUAUACUCCGAUAUAUUAAUAAAGCUACCAUGUUUUAAACAGA